AUGGUCUAUAGUGUUCCUUUUGAGAGCACGAAUACUGCCAGAACUAGACCAUUUCAUGGUUUCGUUACAUCGAGGACUUCAAAUUCCUUUAUCGAACAUGAACAGCUUUGCGACGGUGUCUAUAGACUCCCGGGCAUUCCGAUAUUCGAUCGGCCGGAACAUCCGAGUUAUGGUCGAUACCCAUUAAUAAUCGUUCAUUGUAUUCUUGCCACCGCUCAUUUCAUUGACCCGGAAGAAAACACUUCUACUCGAUUCGAUCUUCUAACAUUGUAG